UUGUUUCAUCACCAUCGGUUGUGGCCACGGUAAAAAAGAAAGAACAGAAGAGAUGAGUUUACGUUGUUGGAGCCAAGUUAAGAGUGGUGAAACGAAUAUAAAAAGGGGAAGUUGUUGAAGGCUGACAGCGUGAAGUCCAGAGAGGGACGUGUAACCAAAUGAGCAAAAAUCUGAGGUAUCCACUGUUUCGGGUUACUGCUUUGAUCUUUGAAAUGGCAAAACAAAAUCGGAGGUUGGAAUUCUGAAUCUAUCUCGUCAACUGCAUCGAAGUAGAUAGACCCUUGUCUGGUUUCACUGCUUUUGCUUUUGGUAUCGCUUUCGGGACCACGAGCUUGGGUUUGGUCCUCUGAUUCUGACUUUUCCUUUAGGGUCGAGUUUCUUUCGUUUUCUUCACAGAUAGGGAUCCAAGUUGAUACCUUUGCUCAUGCCCAAGAACCCUAAGACAGGCAUGAGGGAGUUCAUCCUGGAUUUCGAGUACAUAGCCGAGGGAUUUUGUUGGUACUUUCUUCUUGCCUUUGACUUCUUCGCUGACAAGUUCAUCGCAGCUGCUCUUCUUAUCGUUGCCCUAAUCGAAGACUUCACCACUUUCCUCUUUUGCCUCAACUUGAUCGCUUAGAUUCUCCAAAAUCCCCAACCUUUAAUUUCGUUUGUCCGACCUUCUUUCUCUGCCAUGGGUCCAACCCAGAACACUGUUCAUUACUGCUGUGUCUCGAGAGACAACCAGAUUCUGUACUCCUACAAUGGCGGAGACCCCAUCACCACCGCCAAGAACCUCGCCGCCUUGUGCUUGGAAAAGACUCCGUCUUUUCACAAAUGGUACUUCGAAACUAUUGGAAAGAGGACUUUUGGUUUCCUGAUGGAAGAUGGGUUGGUGUAUUUCGCCAUUGUUGAUGAAGGUCUAAGGAGAUCUCGUGUUCUUGAGUUUCUGGAACAUCUGAGGGACGAAUUCAAGAAAGCUGCCAAGAGAAAUUCCAGAGGAAGCUUCUCCGGGAUGAUAAGUUCUGUCAAUGCCCUUCAAGAGCAGCUUGUUCCUGUUGUCUGCAAACUCAUAGCCUCACUGGAGCGUGUUUCUGAGACAACCUGCGAUCUAAAGGCUAACCUCACUUGUCUUUCCUCAUCAUCACCGGCUGUUGAAUCCGCUGAACAAAGCGAAGGUUCUAAUUCCACGAAAGCCCCGCUUUUGGGCAGAUCAAUCAAGCAAGAGAAGAAGAAGAAAGGGAAAGAUCAUGUGAUCUCGUUUAGGGGAAUUGAGCUAGAGGAACACCGAAAAUCUACAGACAGAGAAAACAAGAGUGAAGGGUCUGAUGCAAAUUCUGCAGCAUCGUCAUUAGAGAAGGAUUACCCUCCGAGAAGGGGACGAUCUGGCGGUUCUCAGAAUAUCGAAAGGAAAUGGCGUCGACAAGUUCAGAUUGUUCUUGCCAUCGAUGUUGCUAUUUGUUUGACGCUGUUCGGUAUUUGGCUUGCUAUUUGUCAGGGCAUUGAGUGUAUACGUUCCUGAUGGAUUCAUCCACAGGUCUCUUCCCUUCUGCAGCUCUGUCACGGUUGAUAUAUACAACUGAGAAAUCCAAGUUCUACUUUUUCAUACGAGUCGGUGAUCAAUUCUUCAAGGGGCUCCUGCACUAAGAAUUGUGAUGUGAGGUACGAGGUUUAAGUCUACUUUAGCUUGUGUAUAACUCAGGUGAUCGUUCAUGAACUCUGCAAUUUUACGAAUGAAGUUUCAAGAACUGCUUUAGCUUGAACACGGGUUGGUAAUCAUAUUGAUUGGUACAGUUUCGUUUUCCUCGUGCAAAUAACUCGAAGUGUGUAGCCUGAGAUAUGGAGCUGUCAUAUUCGUUUGGGAUAACAUGCUCUUGUUGAUGUGAAUGAAGUGAACUUCCUCUGUUUGCUCAGGACAAAGCUUUUAGUGUGUAAUGUUUGUUCCACUUAAAAAGCUUCAAGAACUGCUUAUUGUCUCUGCAUAGACAGAUCACUGUGCUCCUUCUUUGUUUCUUUGUUCUGUGUUGAUUGCAAUGAAUCCUGAAUCUUAUACUGACAGGUUAUGCGGGAAUAUAAUGUAAUAAGAAACUUGAGUUUAUACAAGAAGAUAACGUAAUAAGAAACGACAGAAGUAAUAUAUGACAAACGCUUGUUCAUCCCCAAGCCCCAUGGAUGGAGAAUGAACAUUUGUUUCUACAUGGAAUCAGAAUCAAAAGGAAAGCUCAUAAGCUGGGGAAUACAUAAGAGAGUCUUGCAGAGUUUUCAUCUUGGAGAAGAUAAGAGAUAACACAGAGGGAAGAGAGAUAAGAGAGAUGAAGGGUACCCCUCACCUGAAUCCUAACCAUGGUUGGUUAACUAGUUGGCUGAGUCAGAGAAUAACCCAAAGGGAGCCAAAAUAUAUCCCUAAAGGCAAAGAUGCAGAUGCAUAUGCAAAUAACCCCGCAUUCCAUCAGCGGAGUUGUUGAAUAUGGUGUGUUGUCUAUCCUAAGUUAGUUCAGCUGUAGCUAAUACUCCAAAGCUUAGCCACCAAGAAUUUACAUGGUUCAGCAAAAA